CCAGAACUCGGAAUUGAAAACGGGGAGUUCAGUUGCAUUCCUCCGUGCUUUCACUGGUCUGAUGCGUAUUAGUUGAUUGGAGUGAAGGAGGAGUCUUGGUGCGCUAUCUUCCUCCAGAACUUUAGUUAAUCUAACUCCAUUUUGUUUAAAAAGAAAAAAAAAUUGACGUACGUGCAUACUGCAUGCAGUAGCCUACAGUAUAUACGCCUAGUCUACAAGCAGUGUCUCACGAACGGCAGUCGUAUCCCAAAAGCGAAACCAAACGACUCCUCAGCAACAAGACGCGCCUUUUUUCUCGUCUACCUGAGCUAAUACGUUCGGUAACAUAGGCUACUUAGACUUUGUGUGUGGCGUUAAUUUUGAUACAACAAGAAGGUCAAAACUGUUAGGAAUUGCCAUAGAGUGAGAACGUUGACUUUACUUCAGAAGAAAACAAACUACAACGUUGCGCAGUCAGACCUGCACAAGAACAAUGAACAGCAUUGGACCCGCUGAAUUGAGGAUUGUACUGCUUGGUAAAACUGGCGUGGGGAAGAGUGCCACAGGAAACACCAUUCUGGGACGAGAUGUGUUUCAUUCUGAUUUAGGCUUUUCUUCAGUUACCACACAAUGUCAGCUGGCAACUGCUGUUAUUGGAGAGCAGACCAUUUCUGUUGUUGACACUCCAGACUUCUUCUAUUCAACACACACAGAGGACUUGGACUCAGAGAUCAGGAGAAGUAUUACUCUGUGUGGCUCAGGGCCUCAUGCCUUUGUUUAUGUUCUGAAGCUGGAAACAUUCACAGAGCAAGAGGCAGAUGUAGUGAAAGUGAUUCAGAAACGAUUUGGGGAGGCUGCAGAUAAGUACACCACUAUUGUGUUCACUCAUGCAGAUACACUGAAUGGUGCAAACCUGGAGGACAAUCCACUCUUAUUAGACCCAAAUGGUGGGAGAUAUCCCAUAUUUAAUAAUAAAGACAGAGCAAACAGGCAGCAGGUACCUGAGCUGCUGGAGAAGAUCAGCAUAAUGGUGACAGAGAAUGAAGGUAGCUACUACACAAUGGAGAUGCUUGAUGAGGCAGAAAGAAAGGCAGAGGAAGAGAUAGAGAUGCUGCGAGAGGAGAUACACAGGAAGGAAGAGAGGAAGAGGGAGGAGGAGCAGAGGGAGUUAGAGAGGAUAGUGAUAGAGACAGAGGUGCGUGUAUUCAAAGAGUUGAAAGAGAAACGUCAAAGACAGAUGGCUAAAGAAAAGAAUAGGGAAGAGAUUUUGAAACGAAUGAAACAGGAGGGUAGCAUUCUGAGUGUACCUAAAGAGAUGGGAAAUACGAAUAUUGAAAGGAUAAAUACGGAGAACAAAGAAACAACAAGACUUGUUACUAGUAGGGCAUUAGACAGAAAUGAAGUCUCUAAAGUAUGCAGAUCCAAUUGGGUAUGGGUUCUUGCUUUUAUCUUUGCUGUUGUGGUUAUAAGUUGUGUGUUGUUGCUAAUCCACAACUAUACAUAAACAAUGUUCUGGACAGCAAUCAGACAAUCUUGUCAUCCAUAUUAAGAUUGACAAUGUAUGGCUAGUGAUUUAAUAAUGGGCCCCGGGGAAGGUUGUGAAGUAUUUGGAUGUUAGAACAUAUGCCUUAAAAUGAAGUGAGUGUACAUGUCUCUAAAAUUCCAUCUUAAAAAUACCCAAAAACAAUGAUGCUAAAACCUUUACUGAUUUACGCCGGUAUAGAAGAAAAGAAGGGAAAACUCCAAGGGACAGGAAUGAUUAGGAAGCGCCAGUCAAGUCUACCAGCUGCAGGCUGACCUUGAGAUCCUAAGUAUCACUAACUCAGCAGAUCAAGAGUAUAAAAGAUAGAACACAAAGAGCAGAUCUUUAGUUCGAUACCCGGGGUUCCAAACUGGGGAUUUCGAUUUUGUGAAGACUCAAUAAACUUUCUGCAUCAAACUCUGCUGAGAUUCCUGACCAGUUUUUGAACUUAGAAUUUGAAGAAAACCUGACGGUUUUAUACCUGAGGACAGCAUUGAGGCUUGACAAAAAAGUUGUGAACCUGGUUUUAAGACUCAGUUUGUCCAUUUAACAUACUUAGUGAAAGGCAUUCCCAACCCCUUCAGUGAUAAACAACCCAAAAGUACAGGCCACACAAUAAUAUGAUAUAUUGUACAUAUGUAGAAGAAUGUGUUCCUUUUCACUGGGGAGAUCACUCCUGUGAUCUUUCUCAUUUUACUUUUUUUUUUAAUGACAAAUCUAUUAGAACCUCUAUUACCGGUCACCAACAAGAGUUAAGGUGCAUGUUUGCGUACAGACCACAUCCCCUACAUGGGUGUCAGCUCAUGUGACAGCUUCUCAACAGUUAUCUCACCAUGUCUUGGUAGAAGACACACCCACAAGCACACACACGCCUGAAGCCAUUUUGUCAUGUCUUAUGAUCUAUCUUUGCCCUCUUCCCUACUGUUACUAUUGCUGCCUGAAUAGAAAGCUACACAU